UGAGCAGUGGCUGCAGUUCAGUGUCUGAACGGCAGGCGUCGCUGCUAAAGCGACACAUGCAGCAACACUACAAGAAAUAAUGGCGUAGAAGAAGAGAUGCUGAAAGACGUCUCCUACUCCACGUGAAAUACUAAUGUUUCUACGAUUUUGUUUGACUUUUUGAGUGAGUUUUUACUAAUGCGACCUAAAAUAUCACUUAGGUCGAGCCUUAUCUGAUACGUACCUGCUAAAAAUAUCAUUUUUGUCGGACAAAAUCUGGGAAAAAUGUGGAGACAGCAGCAGGACGAACAGCAGCUUUUUGCUUCAAAACAUCCUGUUUACAAAACCAAAUAUCGAUUGAACAUACCAGAUGUUUUGCAUUCUGAGGUGAUGAAAGAAGAAGCUUCUGAAGAAUGGGGGCCAGAUGUUAACCAGGAGGACCCMGGGCCCCUCCUUGUGGUGGUUAAAGAGGACGUUGACGGUACCUUUGUGGAGGGAAAACACCUCAGUGAGGCUAACACCACCAAGUUUACAUYGACUGCAGGUCAUUUGAAGAGUGAGGAUGAUGAUGAUCUAACAAGCAUCUCAGCUGAUCAGAUAAAAGAAGAAACUGAUGAAGAGGACUAUGAAGAAGUAGAAAUUACCUGGAACCCAGAUCUGAAUGCUCAGAAUAAAGUCGGUGUGGAUGAUGAAGAUGACGAGAACAAUCCUGACUCUCAGCUGAGCCCCUCAUCAGACUCCGAGGCAACAACUCAAAACAUCAACAAAGAUCUGAGCUCUUUAACUAAUAAGAAAGAUUUUAAAGUGAAGUUAAACCAAACAACACAGAAAUCAUUCACCUGUGAUGAUUGUGGUAAAAUAUUUGCCAGAAAGACAAACCUAAACACCCACCUGAGAGUCCACACAGGAGAAAAACCGUUUGUUUGUGACGUUUGCAGGCAAAGAUUUAGCCGCAAGACAACGUUAGUCACACACAUGAGAAUCCACACGGAGCAGAAGCCGUUCGGUUGCGAUGAAUGCGGGCAAAGAUUUAGACAAAAGCCGCAUUUAGUCUCGCACACGAGGAUCCACACAGAGCCAGACUCGUUCAGUUGCGACGUAUGCGGACAAAUGUUUAGCUUCAAGAGCAACUUGAACAGACACAUGAGAGUCCACACAGAGCAGAAGCCUUUUGGGUGUGACGUUUGUGGACAGAGUUUUAGCCAAAAGGCAUAUUUAAUCACACACGAAAGAAUUCACACUGGAGUGAAACCUUUUGGUUGUGAUGUUUGUGGACGAACGUUUAGUUUUAAGAGCAAUUUAAACAGACACACGCGAGUCCACACGGGAGACAAACCRUUUGCUUGUCACGCCUGUGGACGAAGGUUUAGCUUAAAGGCACAUCUGGUCGCACACAUGAAAAUACACACGAGAGGAAAGGCAGUGUAACUGUGAAAAUUAAAGCAGCUUCUAAAGACGGACAUCAGGAUUCACAGAAUUAAACAUAUUUAUGUCCAUAGUUCUGCAUUUUUGUUAUGAUAUUUUUUCUUUUUUAGAUAUUUCAUUUACAACUCAAGUUCCCAAAAUGUUGCUAGAUUGUAAUGCAAAAACAGAGCAGUCAGUGAAUAUAUUAUAAAAUAUUGUCUUACAUUUUCCUUUUACAAUUUACAAUAUGACCACCAAAUCAUGCUAUUAAACAAGGCC